AUGCUGGAUAAAUUAAAAAAUAAAUUUAUAAAAGUUUCUGGUAAAAAAUCUAUUCGUGGACAAUUUGAUCCUGAUGAAAAAUGGUCUAAUUUAUAUAGAGAACGUGAAAAAAAUCAUUUAUAUAAAUGGGUUGGUGUUAGAAGUGGUGAAGAAGGUGUACUAAAAUUUGCUUCUGAAAAAAUAGAACCUAUGUUAUAUGAUGAUGGAAAAAAACCACAACUUAUAAAAUAUACUGACUAUUGUAAAUGGAAAAAAACAGCAAAUGUACAACUUGGAAGAGUUAAUAGUGAAGGUGAAGAUUCUAUUGGAUAUAAAUUUAGAGAACAUUAUUCUCAAUGGAAAUUAAAUAAAAGAGGUGUUGAUGGUGAGACUGUUCUUCAUCUUUUAUUAAAUCGUGAAGAUCUUAUGUGUGGUGAAAUCGCAAGAAUAUUAAUAACAAAAUAUCCUGGAUUAUCUAAUGAUAUUUAUCUUGGUGAUGAAAUGUUUGGUCAAAGUGCUUUACAUUUAGCUAUUGUACAUGAUGAUUAUGAUACAGUUCAAUUAUUAUUAGAAAAUGAUGCAGAUGUUAAAGCAAGAGCAUGUGGUAAUUUUUUUAUGCCAGAAGAUUCAAAUUUUGGUAAAAGUAUUGAUUAUCAAGGAUAUGCAUAUUAUGGUGAAUAUCCUUUAGCAUUUGCUGCAUGUUUUGGUAAUAAAGAUAUUUAUGAUUUAUUAAUACAAUAUGGUGCGGAUCCAAAUUUACAAGAUAUGUAUGGUAAUACUAUAUUACACAUGUGUGUCAUCAAUUACAGUAGUUCUAUGUAUAGUUAUGCUGUAAGACAUUGGGAAAAACCAGCACAACCACAUAUUGUUAAUAAUGCUGGUUAUACACCUUUAACAUUAGCUUCUAAAUUAGGUAGAAGACAAAUUUUUGAAGAAAUGUUAGAAUUAAUGAAAGUUGAAUUUUGGAGAUUUUCUGAUAUGACAUGUAGUGCAUAUCCAUUAACUGCAUUAGAUACUAUUAAACCAGAUGGAUCAACAAAUUAUGAUUCUGCUUUAAUGACUGUUAUAAAUGGUGAUACAGCAGAACAUCUUGAAAUGAUUGGUAGUGAAGUAAUUCAACGUUUAUUAGCUGAUAAAUGGAAAGCAUUUGCAUCAAGAAAAUUAUUUGAAAGAUUAUCACUUCUUGUUUUUCAUUUAGUAUGUCUAUGUUUUGUUGUUUAUUUAAGACCAACAGAAUUAGAAAGACUUUAUAUGAUUGAACCAAAAUGGGAUGAUUAUAUAAGAUCUGUAUUUGAAAUAUUAGUAAUACUUAGUUGUUUAUCAUUUGUCUUUAUUCAACAAUUAGGUGAAUUUCGUACACAAGGAUUUUAUGGAUAUUUUCAAAAUUUAAAAACAGCACCAGCAAAAGUUGUUUUUUUUAUGGCUAAUAUAUGUCUUUUAGCAUGUGUACCAUUUAGGAUAUUAAAAUAUUAUCAAGUUGAAGAAGGUUUAUUAGUAUUUGCAUUACCUGGAUCAUGGAUUUUUUUAUUAUUUUUUGCUAGAAGUGCAAAAUUAACGGGUCCAUUUGUACAAAUGAUUUAUUCUAUGAUUGCAGGAGACAUGAUACGUUUCGCAAUUAUUAGUGCUAUCUUUUUAGUAUCCUUUUCACAAGUAUUUUUUUUUGUUGGUAAAGAUAUGUCUGCAAAACAAAAUCUUACAGAUGGUGAUCCUAAUAAGUGUAAUAUAUCUGGUUAUACAAUUUAUACCUAUAGUAGCUUUUUAGAAACAUUUAUAACAUUAUUUAGAGCUAGUAUGGGUGGAUAUGAUUAUGAAGAAUUUGAUUGUGCUAAUUAUGAAGGUUUAACAAAAGGAUUAUUUGUAUUAUAUAUGUUUGUUAUGCCAAUUAUGAUGAUAAAUAUUCUUAUUGCUAUGAUGGGUAAUACAUAUACAACAAUUAUUACACAAGCAGAAAAAGCUUGGCGUCAACAGUAUGCACAAAUUGUUAUGGUAUUAGAACGUUCUAUGAAUAAAGAUAAAUUAGCAGCGUGUCAAUUAGAAUAUUCUAUAAAAUUAAAUGAAACUGGUGAUACAGAAACAAGAGGUUUGAUGGUAAUAAAACAGACAAGAAAAACUCGUGCUAAACAAAGAAAACAUGCAAUAUCUAAUUGGAAAAAUAUUGGUAGAAAAGUUAUUGAAACAAUUCAUUCAAUUGGUACUGAUUAUGCAAAAGCAAUUCUUCAUAGUCAUGAAAGAAUAUACAUUGAUUCUGAUAUUAUUUUAACAUCAAAUUUUGCAGCUCAUAAACAUCGAACAUCAACUAUUACUCAAAGAACUGAUGAAAAAAUUCCUAUUUCAGAAACAAUACCAUAUAUUGAUGAUAAUUUUAUACAAAAAGAAAAUAAUUUAACACCUCCCCUUAAUCGUAGUGUAGCUUUAAUAGCAAAAGAAGACUUAAGACAACAAAGUAUUGAUACAGAAGAUGAAGAUAUGCAUAAUUUAAUAAGUCAUAUAGAAAGAAGAAGUGCAUUAAAUCAUCCAAAUUCUAUUAGUUCACUUUCUUUAACUGAUCAAGAACAAAUGACACGUGAAUUAGAUUUAAAUGAAACAAUUUUACCAGAUGAUAUAAAAAGUAAUAAUGAUAUAAAUAACAAAAUUACUUUAACAAAUUUAGCAACAACAAUUGAUUUUCACACUAAACCGGUAGUUUCUGUGGCUAUGUUAACAAAUAGUACAUAUUUAAAUAAUAAUAUAUUAAAUAAAAAUGAAUUAAAUCAAAAAUUAAGUAUUCGUACAAUACCAAAUAUGCCACAUAUAUCUCCAAAAAGAAAUCAUCCAUCAAUUUUUUCAUUAUCACCAAAACCAAGUAGUAAUUUACCAAUAAUACCUAGUGUACCUAGUAGUAUUUCAAAUGUGCCUUUAACAAUUAAUCAUAAAAAACAUAAUAAUGAUUAUAAUAUAACAUCUAAACAUGUUUCAAAAAAAACUGAUAUUUUUAGAAAAAAAGAAUCACCAGCAACAACAUUAUCAUCAACCCUAUCAUCAAAUGAUAAUUAUUCAACUAGUAAAACAAGAGAAGUUAGUUUAGAUAUUGAAGAGUUGGAUGAACUAUCUAAAAUAAAAUAA